GCUCAAAACUUGACGUCAUCUCGUCCCGACCCGUCUCGCUGCUCUCAUCUGCACACCCUCGCAAACUCAAUGCCGACGAAACUACAAGGAAGCUGCCACUGUGGCGCGGUGCGCUUCAGCGUCCUAUCGAGCACCGCCGUGCCAUAUCAGCUCUGCGUCUGCUCGAUCUGCCGCAAAGCUGGCGGCGUCGGCGGGUCGAUCAACCUCGGCGGCCACUCUAAGUCGCUUGAGAUCGAGCGCGGGAAGGAGUUCAUCAGUGUGUACAAGGCUGUGCUGGACCGCGACACGCCGCAAGAACGCACCGCGUCGUCUGAGCGCAACUUCUGCUCCAAGUGCUCGACUAUGCUCUGGCUGUACGACGAAACCUGGCCUGAACUCAUCCACCCCUUCGCAUCAGCGAUCGACUCGCCGCUCGAGACGCCCGACAAACUGGUCAUGGUCAAGAUGAACAGCAAGCCGGCGUACGUGUACCUGCCGGACGCGCCGAAGGAGACGUACGAGGACUACGGCCCGGAGUCGCUCACGAGCUGGCACCAGAAGCACGGCAAGUACGUCGAGUGAGGCGUACCUUAGUGCUGUAUCACACACACAACGCGGAAUGCACGCAAAGUUCGAUUGUUGGACUGGCGGAUUGGCGAUGGGCGUUCAGCCGUGGUAUGGAUCCGCAUCUGAUGGACUAGUGGUGAGCGAGCGCCCGAUAGAUGGCUUGUUCGGGAGGCCGCAUGCUGCUCGUGGAGCGGCGGGCGAUCGUAGCUCGAAUCGUCCAGUCCUGGCACUUACGUACGAGGUAUCAGGCUCGACGCGAGAGUGGGCGCCGGCGCCAGAUUCAGUCGUUGGGUGUUUGGAUAGCAGUUCACCCCCAAGCUCGAGGGACGCUUAUUUGGCGGAUGCGACGAGAGUGUUGAAGGUGCAUGAUGGAUUCCCGACCAGGCACCCCAGUCUGAUAAGCAUUGAAUGCAUCGAGUCGUGAUUCAACUGAGGUACACCAGGGAUCAAUGAUGAGUUGGUUUACUCCCCCAACCCCUCCUCGAGGCUCGCACAGGCUCCGCGCGAGCCGAUGAUAAGCACCCGCUGAAUGUAUAUAAAAGCCCAGCCGAUCUGUGUGAAGGAGCCCCAGUUUCAGUCACUCGCCAACUUACCUACGAUGCUGUUCAACCUCAAAUCCCUCGUCACCGUCGCUGUUGUUGCGCUCAUGGGCGCGUCCAGCGUCUCUGCUCACUGCCAGUGCAUCCUCCGCAAGGACACCGUCGAGGGCCGUGAGGUCGCUGCCGUCGUUGCUGGGUCAGUUUCCGCCCUAGUCUGCGAUCGUAUGUUCGAGGCUAAUGUUGUUGUUCCAUGUCCUCCAGCCGUGUCGCCAUCGACUCGUGCUGCUUCUCCGCCCGCGCUGAGCCGACUCCCGUCGCUUAAAUUUGUAGUACUUAGUGCAGACGGUAGUGUUACGAUGAACAAUGCGCAAAGAAACUGUACCCGCUCGCGCGUGUGAACUAGCGUCAAGCCAACGAAUACAAUUCCAUGUCUCCACGUCGAUGAGUAGGUAUGGAGAGAAAAUACAAUCGUGCCAAGGCUUCCUCAGGGCAUCGCCAUCCCAUCUUGUUGAGUUGCAUAAGCCUCGAUACUUGUUACAAUACACUCGGAAGAGAAUCUGUGAUGCGCAGCGAGAUUGCUAUCCGCGCCCGUCCCUCGUGCUCCUCCCAAGCUACUCCAGGGCACGGCAUAGCCCUUAUCCUCCCCUGCCCGGGGGGGGGGCCGCAGAUAAGCGGCGGGCAUAUAAGGGAGGCAAGCAGACCCCCAGCCAGCCCAGAAUCGACCUCCCCGUUUCUGCCACCUAGCCAAGUAAAGAGCAUGCUGUUCAACCUCAAGUCGGUUCUGACCCUCGCGUUCGUCGGGCUCAUGGGCGCCUCCAAUGUCGCGGCACUGUGCGUAGCCCUCAACUGUCUAUGAUCCCACCUGAGCUCGGUUGGCUGACGCCACUCGACCGCUGCAGCUGCGCGCCGUGCGUCCCGCCCCGGAGCGGCAUCGUCGAGGGCCGCGAGGUCGUCGAUUUCAAGGCCAUUGCUGGGUCUGUGAUGCUUCCCCUCCCAGUUGAGUAUGCGCGGUGCUGAUGCCGUACCACAGACGCGUUGCGCGCGCUAGCUGCUGCUUCGGCAGCCCUCCUUGAGCUGCGGCGGGAAGCGAUCAGACGAGUGUUGUUGCUGCACCCAUAAAUGGUAUCAAUCUGUAUUCAACAAUCUGGUUCGUGCUGCGUGUUUGUCCCUUAGACCUGCGAAGUGAGAAAGGUAUGUUUGGAUCUGACCUCAUGGGCUUGCAAAUCUUGCGUCUGCGACACUGCCGAUAUCCGCCGCAGAUCUGGCAGUUGAGACGGCAAGAGAUAAGACCGCGCAGUCGGCGAUGUGGCUUGGAAGGUACGAAAACUAGUACAGGAGCCGGACACGGGUUGAGAACAACGCACAUCUAACCAGUCGCAGGAUUCCCGGAGCUUGUGUAAAUGAAGAAAGCGGCAGCGAG